AAACUUAAGAAUGUAUAAACAGAGUUCAUUUUAUUGGUUCGCUAAUUAACGAUAGAAAUGAUAAUAAAAUAGUUAUUACUGUAAUUUUUAUAAAUUAGUUGAUCUCGCAUUUGAAGUAGUUAUGUAUGAAAACUAAUGAAAAUGAAAAUUCGUGUGUAGGUAGAAGGUGUUUAUGUACUGUGUUUGACGUUUGCGGGAAGAAAAAUCUACUUUUACGAAUUUCUAAUACCUAUUUAAAAUAAUUAAUAACAAUGGACUCCGACGUAGAAAGCGAUAACUCUUCAAAUCAACCUAGGGAGUAUGAAAUGUUAGAAUAUGUAGAUAACUGGGAGAAUAAUGUUGAGGUAGAGUAUGAGGAGGCAGAAAAUAUUGAAGAACCACUAGAAAAUACCUUUGACUUAACAUUACCAGCUACACACUCUUAUUUAGGACAGAACUUGGAAGAGCUCAGAGGAAGGAUAUUAUUUGAUGAUGGAAUUUAUAUAAAUUUGCCACUAUUAGUGCGGGAAUCUGUUAUAUUAUUUCCUGGUCAAACAUUACCAAUGACGAUAAAUGAUACACAGACUAUAGACAUGUUAUUGAAAUGUCUUCAAAAUAGUCGAACGUUAGGUGUUGUUUGCAUGAGACAUAAUAAAAUGGUACCAAUAGGCACAACUGCUGAAAUCUAUCAAUGUCUGUACAAAGGUCCCGAAGAAGGUUAUUGUAUAAAAGCAAAAGGCAGACAACGUUUCAAGAUUCUGCAAGUAAUAGUGCAGGGUUAUGAUCGAGUAUCAGCAAUUGUUAAAGUUUUACCAGAAAUAACACUUGGGCCACCACUCUUCGAAGUACGUUUGGCCUCAUUAGAUCGUUUACGGAUGAAACCAACUAAUGAGGAAGAUUUCAAAAAACAAGAAAGAGUAGAGAACAUAGAUUCCAUGGUAACUCCUUGGCCUGGCUGGGUUUAUAGACAGUACGAUCCUUUAAGACUUUCUUUAAAAAUACGGAAACACCUAGAGUUCAUUGAAAACAGGGGGAGUAGUAUACCAGAAGAUCCAACAAAUUUGUCACUUUGGGUUGCCAAAAAUUUGAUACUAGAUGAUAGUGAAAAAAUUGCUUUAUUAAAUUAUGAUUGUGCAAUAUCGAGGUUACAGAGAGAGAUUAAGUAUUUAAUAGACGAUAAAAUAUUCGUUUGUAGUAUAUGCAAUAUCUUCAUUGGAAGACAGUCAAACAUGUUUCCAAUGAGUAUAGAAGGUCCACUUGGUACUUAUUGCAAUCCUUCUGGUAUUAUAUAUGAUACCGUGACUUUGUAUCACGCACAGGGUCUUACGUUAAGUGGUAAUGCACCAUCAAUGGGAUAUACAUGGUUCCCAGGAUAUGGAUGGACAAUAGCUACAUGUUCAAAUUGUCAUUCUCAUAUGGGAUGGAAAUUUACAGCAGUUGAAAAUAAUUUGAAACCUAAAGCGUUUUGGGGUUUGACGCGUAAGAGUUUGAAAACUAAAGAAAUAUGAACGAACCAAAAGUUGAAAUACACAUUAUAAUGAACCAGAAUGUUUCCUUGCCAAUAUGUAACGUUUACGUAUAUUCCUUUUAUAUUGUUAACCAUUGAAUGUAUGGGUAUUGUAGAAUAAGUUUAACAUUGUGUCAUCUGUUAUCACUAUACA